AAUUGUGAUGAACAUCUCUCUCUGUGUUUCAGAUUCUGGGUGUUGAAAAUUCUAGAAUAUCACAGUUACCGUGUUUCGAAUUUUGCUGCUACAAACUCGUUAAAUAUCGGCUUAUUGAUUCGAUAUAUUUAAAAAAGGACAAUUGAAAUUGAAGUAAUAAUUAUAAAUUUUCUUGUUUUUCUAUACCAUGGUGGAUUACAGUAGAUGGAAAAAUAUUGAGAUUUCAGACGAUGAAGAUGAAACUCAUCCAAAUAUUGAUACACCAUCAUUAUUCCGAUGGAGGCAUCAAGCAAGAGUGGAAAGAAUGGCUGAAAGACAGAAAGAAAUUGAGGAAUUUGAAAGAAAGAAAAGAGAUAAUGUUGAAAAAUUAAAUACUACAAAGACCGAAUUGAGUAAGGCAGAAAAAACAAAUGUGGAAAAUAUUGAAAAACUGCGUAAACAACUGAAAGAGUUGGAAGUAGAGGCUGCUGAAAUUCGAAAGAAGGAAGAUGAAAUAAAAAAGAAAGAAAAGAGCACCCCCUGGAAUGUUGAUACUAUAAGCAAACCCGGUUUUGCCAAAACUGUUAUCAAUAAGAGACCAGAAAGGCCGAAGGAAGAAAAUCUUACAGAUGAAGAACGUGAAGCUAGAAUGAGGAAAUUCAUUAAAGAAAAUGAAAGAGAUUUAAAACAUUUUGGAAUGUUGAGGAAAUAUGAUGACUCAAGAAUCUUUUUGAAAUCGCACCAUCAUCUUGUUUGUGAGAAUACUGCUAACUAUUUAGUUAUAUGGUGUAUCAAUUUGGAAAUGGAAGAGAAACAUGACCUGAUGAAUCAUGUAGCUCAUCAGACAAUUUGUAUGCAGUAUAUAUUGGAACUUGCUAAACAACUUGAUACAGAUCCUAGAGCUUGCGUUGAUGCAUUCUUCACUAAAAUACAAGUAGCGGAGAAAGAAUACAAGAAUUCCUUCGAUGAUGAAUUAAGGCAGUUCAAAGAAAGGAUCCAGAAACGAGCUGCUGAGAAAGUUGAACAAGCCAUAAAGGAGGCGGAGGAAGAAGAGCGGCAAAAACGCCUUGGACCUGGAGGCUUAGACCCAGUUGAAGUUUUUGAAACUCUGCCUGAUGAUCUCAAGAAGUGUUUCGAGACCCAAGAUAUAGCCAUGCUCCACGAAGUAAUAGCUAAUAUGGAGGAAGAGGAAUCUAGAUAUCACAUGAAGCGUUGUAUCGAUUCUGGUCUUUGGAUACCUGAUGCAAACAAGAAGAAAGAAAUGGAAGAGGCAACACCUUCAGCUAGCGUAUCAGCGAAGAACGUCGAUGGCGAUUGAAGCAUUCAUCAAGUUCUGAUGUGGAAUCCUUACAAUCCAGGUGAAGAGGAAUCUGUCAUUAUUGUGUGUAAAUAUUUAUUUGAUUUUUUUUUUCAGUUCAGCCAUUUUUUAAUGAAAUUCUAUUUUUAAUCAAUUUAUGUAAUAUUCUGCAAUAAAAUACACAUACAGACCGAUUCUUAAAUGA